CCUAACGUAACAAGCUGAGAUGAUUCAGUAGCUGUUACAAAAAUAAUGAUGUUGGUGACCUGGUGACUUGCUCUAGCUCUCUCUCUGGCAGUCUCCUCCACGGCUCCAGGAAAAUAUGCAACACGGUUUGAAAGAGAAGCAUUUCCUUACAAGUAACAGAUAGUUACAUAUCAAUCAUUGUACAUGAUUGUUUAGACUACAUCCACAAUAUACUGAAGAUUUUUUGUUACAAAGAGUAGUCGUUGUGUUUGCUAGUAUCGGUAGACACUCUGCCCGGCUGUAGCCUAGGCGAGUGUAGGCUGCACAUGGUUCGUGGACUAAUCAGUGAUAGGAGCGGAGUACAUGAAAGUGGCCAUUCGCUAUGUAGAGAGCUUUGCGGUGCGAAUGUCUUUCCAGCAGUGAGAGUCGCUCACCCGUCAACAGCAACUUUGCUGGUACUACUACUAGCAGCAAGAGGGUAGGUCCGAUCGCUGAAAUGGCCACUCGCACUCGCAAGCAACGCAAGACAAGCGCACAGAAAUCAGAUGAGUCCACAACACCAACGGACGUUACGGCAAAGGAUGGAGAAGCAGUGGCAAAGCAACCCUUCGUGAUGAUGUCGACCAGCAACGCCAGUAUCAUCAAGGAACUGUGUGUUGUAAAUGGCCUGGAGUACUGUGAACAGAUGCAAGAAACGGUCAGUGUGGUGGCAGUACGCUGCAUGCCCGCUCACAGCCUGGAGUGCUUCUUCUUCGGAGUACCACGGAUGCCCAGCAUGCAUGUCUUCACGGGGCUGCGUGUGCUUCGUCUGGUGAAUCAGACUGUCGACAUCAUCGAUGGUCUUAGCGAGUGCACUGAACUGGAGGAGUUGUGGAUAGCAGAGUGCAAGGUCAUGAAAAUUCAAAAACUGGACACUCUUGUCAACCUGCGAAAGUUGUACCUCUACGCAAACCUGAUCAAGAAAAUAGAAGGCCUGGAUAAGCUACGGCACCUGGAAGUCCUGUGGUUGGCAAGCAACUCAAUAUGUCAGUUGGAAAAUCUGGAAAGUCUUGUCAACCUGGUGGAGUUGAAUAUAGCGGCAAACAACCUAACACAAAUAGGCACGGCUCUAGACAACAACAUGCUCUUGGAAUCUCUGAAUCUUUCUGCCAAUCCCAUCAUGUCAUUGCAGGAGAUCUCUAACUUGUCUCGGCUGGGCAAGCUACGGCAGCUGCGUAUCCGUGACAAGCGCUAUGCCUCCAGCGGCAUCACAGAGCAGCCCAACGCCACCACUCAGAUCCUCUUUCACCUGCCCAAGCUGGCCUGGUUGGACGGUGACAAUGUAGCUGUGUCUCAGAUUCGCGAUACGGUCAAUACCAUUGUUGGCAAGAAGCUGACGUUCUAUCGGCAGCAAGAUGAGGCCCUGCGGAGAACUGCUCAUCAUUUGCAGCGACAGAUGGAGCAGCGAGUUCUGAAGAGUUGUAGCCGACUACAUGCAGUAAUGAAAGACAUUGCCCGUAUCCAAGGCCAGCUUGAUGCGGUGCUUGUGGAUGUGGAGACCACGGAGAGAGAGGAGAAAGAGAGGCAAGCGGCGAAGGAAACUGCGGAUGCCGGUAUGGAGGGGAAACCAGAGAACAUGGUGGCUGAGCAGGCAGGUGACGCUGAGGAAAAACGGCAUCCGGAUGAAGCAAGUGUGCCUGAAGACAGUGCCACAAGCAGCAGCUCUGGUGUGAUGAGUUCGGUUACCAACCGGCAUGGCCAGGACAGAGAGAGGGAGGCGAGUGGUUCUUUAGGAGACACCUCUUCUCCUACUGAUCCCAACGUCAAGGCACGCGGACACGAGACUGGCCAGGAGAGGAGAGCGGUGACAUCCCAGUACAUCAGGGAACAGUGUCGCAUGCUCCUGGAAGCCAAGCAGCAAACGGAGACUGAAAUCUCACGGCUCAACACCUGGCGGAGUAUGCAGCUGAGUGAGAUAGCCAGAGUGCAUCACUUCCGUUCAGAACGUCUAGAGCUGGAGUUACAGUGUGCGGGCAACACCAUCAUGGAGGAGUCUGGUCCUGGAAAGCCUUGGUUCAAAACAUGCUGUGAGUUCAUCAAGACCCACUCUUGUUCAACUCGCCUACGAGUACACAAUGUGGGGAGUGUGGAUCCGCUUCUUAUCACACGCAUCACCAACCAUCGGCUGCAGAAGGGAUUUUGCGACUUCAUCAACAACCUCAUACCUCCUGACCUGGAAGGAGAAGCGUGGCUAACCAGCAGGAACAAACUUCUUGAUAAAAGUGUACGUUACAUGUUCUACAUUCAACCCGCUGACUGCGACUCUCCACUUAUCAACGUUGCUGACAGUGGAUGCAAAACAGUUGAGCUUGCAGAUCUCAGUGUCCGCGGAGUGCUUCUUACCAAUGACUUGCUGCAGGUCUUGAAAUACUCUGCACCACAGCUACUCUCCCAGACUGGAAAGCGCCAUGGUCAAGUUGUACUUGCACAGGUCUACUCUGGUGAAAUUAAACGAAUCAACGAGGCAUCCAGAAGUUCUCUCACAUCGCCGUCUCCAGGCACAGUCUACUCGGUUGACUGUGACUUUGCCACUCUUAUGAGAUCGGGAAAGAUCACUGGUAGGAAUUCUAUACCCUGCCCUGCGCAUGAUGAUCAUCAGGUCUGGAUUGCACCAGACGAGCGCAUGGUCUUGCCAGAGUAUGUGAUUGAGUUCAGCUUGAAGGAUGAUGCUAAGUUGGAACUUUCACCACUACUUCUGGAGGAGAAUGCAGCACCACGUUCAAAGCUUCCGCAAGAAGAAUUCCUCCUGCAACUGUCUGAGCAUCUUCCACGGCCUUCAGGAGCCGCCAAGCGACAGCAAGAAGGGUUUCGACAGUGGACCAAGAUGUCUAACCUGGCUCAAGUCACGGUACUGGAUUUGAGCUUCUGUCAGCUGGAGCAACUGAACGGUGUGACUAGCCUGAAGAGUCUGAAGAAGCUGGUCAUCAAUGGAAACCUCCUGUCUGAACUACCCAACGGUUUACACUCUUUGAUGGGUCUGGAGGAGGUAUAUGCUGACUUCAAUGUCAUUGGCAAGCUGCACAAGAUACCAAUAAUGCCUUCCCUGACGACACUGAGCCUGAAGGGAAACCAACUAGUCAACUGGAAAGUUGUGAUCCAUUGGGUUAGGCAUUCUUGCCCUGGAAUCAAGUUCCUAGAUUUGCGCUACAAUGACUGGCAGCAAGGGUCAGAUCUAUUGCGGCUAUGGGCAGCUGGUAGACUGGGACGCCUGAACAGUGUAGACGGCAAGGACCUUCUUGAGGAGGAGAAAAAGGCAGCACAGGCAAUCUUCUCUGCCUCUUCGGUGUUCCCAGACUCUACGGCCACCACUAUCAAUCCUGCAUUGUGCUCCACAGUACAAUCAGCACCGUCUGCGCUUAGCCUCAGGUCCACGUCAUCCCUGCUUGUCAGACAGCAAGCUAGCCUGCAGAAACUGAUGGGGAGUGGGGUUGACAUCGACUUUACUCGGGUGACAGCUGUAUGCGUUGAUGGCCAGAAACUUGCGGACUUGUCACGUUUUGGCAAGCUGGAAAACCUGAAGUGGCUGUCAGCGUCCAGCAACUACAUCUACAGCAUGGAGGGCAUUGAGCAGUGCAGUAAUCUGGAGGAGCUGAUCCUGAAUGAUAACUGCAUUGACAGAUUAUACGACGUGACGUCACUCAGCAAGCUAAAACAUUUGUCGCUCAGCAAGAACUGCAUCAUGUCGCUGGAUGGCUGCAAUAUAGACAAAUUGGUGUGUUUGAGAGUGCUGUCUAUUGCUAGCAACAGCCUGACAUCCUUGAGUGCCCUGAAGGAUCAGAGAUCUCUCAUUGAGCUGUAUGUCGGUGACAACUACCUGCAAUCAAUACAAUGUUUGUUUCCUAUCAAGCAAUUAACCUUCAUCAAGCAUAUGGACUUGCUGGGCAAUCCAUUCAGCUGGGAACACACAGACUAUCGAUCUUGUGUUCUCCAUCACAUGCGAAGUUUGUGCUCACUCGACGGUCUGGUAGUGGACCAAUUUGAAACUCAAGCAUCCAGAGACAAGUACACUGGAAGGGUUAACAUUGACUUUCUGUCGGAGCGCCUCGGAACAACACAGCUUGGCUCGCUCACACAUCUAGAUCUGCCAUCCUGCUCACUGAAGGCAUUAGACGUGGGUAGCGAUUCAUCUCUCUUCGAGAACGUGAGAAGCCUCAAUUUAGAAAACAACAAUCUCACGUCGGUGCAGGGAAUCGGUGCCUUCAGUCAGCUCAGAGUGCUAUGCGUGAACUCCAACAACAUCGAGCACAUGCUGGGCAAGCCUGUCAAUGGUCACCUGGUGCCCAGAGUCCGGGCAGUUGCACAGGCGUGCGAGGACACCGGCAUGCCUGCACUUCUACCACACCUGGAGGUCCUGCACGCCGCAGAGAAUCGCUUCGCCUCUAUGAUGCACGUACAGUUGCACCGGUUUCCAGCGCUGCAAUCUGUGUACCUGCAAGGUAAUCGCAUUAUUCAUGUGGAGGGACUGGAGCAGAACUACCAUCUGAAGGAGCUGGUCUUGGAUCGCAAUCUCAUCAAGGAGCUGAGUCUGAACAGCUUUCUCAGUCAGUUCAAGCUCACACAGCUGCACCUGGAAGAGAACAGGUUGAAAUCUCUCCUGCACCUCGACCCCUUGAAGAAUCUGGAGAGACUCUACAUUGGCAAGAACCAAAUACGGGAACUGCCAGAGGUCGAGCGACUCUUGAUGCUGAAGAAUCUCAAAGAAGUCUCGUUACUUCAGAACCCUGUAACAAACAGGCCGUUGCAUCGUCCUCUGUUGAUCCUGCACCACACCAGUGUCAACGUGAUCGACGGCCAGCCGGUGUCAGUGGAAGAGAGGCAGAGUGUCGUGUCUUUCUUUUCUCAACUCAAUGGCGGAAACCAGUUUCAGUAUCAAAGUGUGGUGGCACCUCGCUAUCCCACAGAUGCACCACAGGCGAUGGCAGCACUCCCGUCAAUAUACCACACAGCAGUUCAAGGAAGCUCUGGAAAUUGGCAACAAGCAGACACAGUCCAGUCAUGUGCCACACUGCCUCCCUCUUACGGUGCUAGCAAUGCCAAUAGCACACGCACUAACCAAUCGCGGCAUCCACUGCCAUUUCAGCAAGGCAAUGUGGGGCAGCACCACCAGCACCACUCCCAUAGCAAGCCAAACCGCCAUAAUAGAGGCAUGUGAUGCUGCCUAUCAAGAUUUCAGCUUCACGUUCGGGUGAUCAAUGUACUGGAUCUAUAUGGAGACACGUUUUCUUCGGCUGCAAGUUGUUGUAUGUAUGGACUGAGACCCCAGAGGAUAGUUCAUCUUUCACAUUCUUCGACGAGUGUCAUGUUUCAUGCUCCAUAACUCGCUGUGCUUUGCACACGAGACCCUGUAGUAAUCUGUCACUAAGUUUCCACUUUUCACUGCGUACCAGUUGCACUGAGUACAAUGGUGCCUGGUGCAAUCUCGCACCCCCUCGGCCGGGGUCUCAGCUUUAUAACUGAGCGGUGCAGUUGUUGAAUUCCACAUGGCACCACUGCACUCACAUAGUAGUAGUGUGUGCGUGUGUGCGUGCGUGUGUGCGUGCGUGUGCGCAUGUGUGUGUGUGUGUGUGUGUGUGUGUGUGUGUGUGUGUGUGUGUGUGUGUGUGUGUGUGUGUGUGUGUGUGUGUCCUACUCUUGAUUCGCUCUCCGGUUGAUUUCACAAGUCUAGACCUGUUCGUCUUCUUGCACUAUGACAUGUGCCAGAAUCAAUGAUUAUCUAUUUGCGCUAUUAUCACGCCCACGUUGUUGCGGAUAACAAACCUAUUGUCAGUUCAGCCUCUGUGAUUUCUUCAGUUUCUAUUUUUGUUGACAUUGGCAAUACGUUCCCAAUCAGCAGUCCUCCCCGGUGAUAACGUUCACUGAAUGUUUGUUAUAGCUUCACGGUUCUCAGAUACAUGUAACAUUCAGUGGUGUGGUAGCAGCUGACAAUAUUACUAUGGCUGCCACGGUGGGGCACUAUCGCCGGCUUGUUUA